GUAGUCGUUUGGUAUUGUGUUAUUGAAUAGUUUUUCUGAAUUAUUAUGAAAGAAAUACACAUGUUUCUAAUUACUUACUAAUACGAUUACGUUUUAUAUUUACUUGAUAUUAUAUUUAAACAAGAUUAGUAUUGGUGCAAUUUAGCCAUUCUACAAUUAUGAAAAUUGCCGUGGAAGGUUGCGCUCACGGCGAGCUCGAUAAGAUUUACGAAUGCAUCUUAACUUUACAAGAAAGGGAAGGUAUAGUGGUAGAUUUAUUGAUAUGUUGUGGAGAUUUCCAAGCAGUACGGAAUAGCGAUGAUCUGCGGGCUAUGGCUGUGCCGGAAAAGUAUCAACACAUGUGUACAUUUUAUAAGUAUUACAGUGGUGAAAAACGAGCACCAAUAUUGACGCUAUUUAUUGGUGGGAAUCAUGAGGCCUCCAAUUAUUUGCAAGAGCUUCCUUACGGAGGGUGGGUUGCACCAAACAUAUACUACCUAGGCAGGUCGGGGUUGGUACAGUUUGGUAACUUGAGGAUUGGAGGCUUAUCAGGUAUAUUCAAAGGUCACGACUACACGCAAGGGUUAUGGGAGAGUGUUCCCUACAAUCAGAGCUCUUUGCGAUCCGUGUACCAUGUGAGGUCUUUGGAUGUGUUUCGGUUGAACCAGCUGAAAGAAAAAGUACAUGUUAUGCUCUCUCAUGAUUGGCCACGUGGUAUAACUGAUUACGGAAAUGUUAACAAUUUGUUGAAGAGAAAACCAUUUUUCGAAGAGGACAUUCAAAAAAAUGAACUAGGCAGUGCACCAGCAACUAAAUUGCUUCAUGCCAUGAAACCAGAUUAUUGGUUUUCAGCACAUUUACAUUGUCAGUUCUCUGCUUUAGUAUCACAUGAAGAUGGUACAGAAACCAAAUUCUUGGCAUUAGACAAGUGUCUACCAAAACGAAGACACUUGCAAAUACUUGACAUACCUGUGGAAUUUGAUGGUGAUAUGACAUUGAAGUAUGAUGCAGAAUGGCUUGCGGUUUUGAAAAAUACUAAUCACCUUUUGAAUGUCAAAAACAUGGAUUACCAUUUACCUGGUCCGGGAGGUGACGAAAGGUAUGAUUUCACACCUACAAAAGAAGAAAAAGAUGUCGUUAUGAAAGUAAUGGGAGAUAUGGAAAUAAAAGAAAACAGUUUUGUCCAAACAGCACCUAUUUAUCAACAAGACAUGCCAAAACGAAAUCCUAGUGAGCCAAUAAUAAAUCCCCAGACAGCAAAUCUUUGUGAAAAAUUGGGUAUUGAUGACCCAGUUCAAGUUGUAAUGGCAAGGUCAGGAAGGGUAAUGAAAAAGCCUCAAAAUCUGAAUACAAGUACAACAAAUAACAAAAAGGAUAAGACUGCUGAAUCUAGUUUUGUAGAAAGUGUUGCCUGUUCACCAAUUAAAACAAAGAUGGUAUUACCUACACCUUCAACGCCUAUUGUAAAUGACAGUCAAGAUUUAUCAGACAGUCAUGAAAAUUCAUUUUUUUCUCCUGAGAAUUCAUCUAUGUUAUCCAAUAGUACAUGUAGUACAACUGUAGAAUGCAGUACUCCAGUGUCCAGUACACCUAAAAAAUCUUUCAAGAGACGGAACUUGGCCAUGUACACUACUGAUGAAGAUGUUAGUGUCAGUAUUACUCCAAAUUCUUUACUAGGUUCUGACUGUCCAAAGUCCAAUAAAUUGCCUUAUAUGGGAAAUGUACAGUAAAUUGUAAAUUUUAAAACAAUUGUGUCUAGGUGUGUAUGUUUAAUUUUUAUAUCUUGUAUUGAUAUUGUAUUUAUGAUAAUAGAUAGACUAUACAUUUUUUAAUAACAAAAUUGAUUUAGUGCAGUCAUUGGUAGUAGGUCAAUGAGUGCAGUGACAUAGU